AUGUUGUCUGUUGCGAGGAGAUCCGCCUGGCGACUUACCAGCACUCGUGGCUUCGCCACAGCCUCUAAUGGCGGCCUUUCCGUCAAGCCAAUUUCAGGAAGCAUUGGCGCCGAAAUCCACGGAGUAAAUCUCGCAACCCUGGACAAAUCUACAGCUGACGAAAUUCGAAAAGUCUGGCUGAAACACAAAGUGGUCUUCUUCCGCGACCAGCCGCUUACACAAGAGCAAUUCCUGGGUUUUGGAGCUCACUUCGGAUCACCAGUGCCAUACCCGUUCGUCAAAGGUGUUGAUAGUUUCCCGGAAAUUAUCCAAGUUCUCAAGAAAGAAGAUGAGAAGAACAACUUUGGCGGAAUAUGGCACUCAGACACGACAUAUCUGGAGGAGCCGCCAAUGGCAACAAUGCUCCGUGCAGAUGAGUUGCCACCUUUUGGAGGAGAUACGCUUUUCGCAAAUCAAGUUGCGGCGUAUAAUGCUCUGUCAGAUGGACUCAAAGCGGUUCUCCAGAAUCUGAUCUGCGUCAACACUUCGGCCAAAGCAGAUGUCACCAAGACGCGAGAAGAUCGGGUGAAAGGAUCAGGCCAGAAAGUGGAGGACCUGGUAUCAUAUCAUCCAGCCGUGCGGACGCAUCCUGAGACCGGCGAGAAGAGCCUCUACAUGAAUGUUGCACACACCGAGCGAUUCGAUGGAUGGACGACAGAAGAGAGUGCGCCUCUCCUGAACUUUUUGCAUCAACAUCAAGUCCGUCCAGAGUUCACAUGUCGCUUUCAGUGGGGCGUGGGCAGCUUGGCUAUGUGGGACAACAGAGCAGCAUUGCACAACCCGAUCAAUGACUAUCAUGGUUUCCGGAGGAGCAUGUACCGUAUCACGUUGGCGGGAGACAAGCCUGUAUGA